AUGAGCAACCCAUUCAGGUCGCUUCCUCUUGCACUAGUUUUGCAUCAACUUCUCGAACUCGAAAAGCCCUUCGCAGUAAUCAGGCCGACACCGAGGGAAGAUGAGGAUGCUGAUAAACGAUCAAUGAUAAUCGAUGCUAUCAUAACACGCAAAUUGGUAUUCAGAAACCGGCCGAAACCACUCAUUACGCAACAGCAUCUUGCGCAAAACUGA